GUGGUGCAUUCCUCCCUCAGAGUUCGCCAAGAAGGAAAUAAUGAAUGGUGGCGCAAGGACCUACAAAUGCUGGAAAUAAAGACAUCGGUUAAAGAGUCUGUUUUAAAAGAUUGCGGUCGUGUUUAUUUAAGGUGAUGGUUUUGGCUGCGAAACACACAAAGACUGCGUUUGGGGCCGUUGCUAAGCCGGAGCCCGGGCUGACCCGGCGUUGCCAGGGUGAGAGGGCAAAGAUGGAGGCUCCGAGCGUCCUGCUGGUGAGCUGCUGCCCGGCUUUCGUGGAGGAGACUCUGGUGAGAGAUAUUAUUGGAACAGAUGACAUUCCAGAAUACACUGGCCCCAGGAAUGUGGUCCGAUUCUACCCAUGGACUAUAGAUAACAAGUAUUACACUGCUAGUGUACAGCUAUGUGUGGUGCCUGACAAAUUUGAACUGACAAAGGAGAUUGCAGACUCAGUAGAAGCCUUCGUGAUUUACUUUGACAGCACAACUAAUACUGGACUUGAUGAGGUAUCCACUUGGCUUCCUCUAACUCAGGAAUGGUCCCCUGAAGUUUUGAUUCUGGUGUGUGACAGAGUUUCAGACAAUGGGGUGAGCAGACAAGUGGCACAGCAAUGGUGCAUUAAAUAUGGGUUUGAAUUGGUGGAACUCGAUCCAGAAGACUUGCCAGAUGAAGAAGAUGACUUCCCUGAAUCCACUGGUGUAACGAGAAUUAUUCAGGCAUUGAAUGCAAAUGUGUGGUCAAAUGUUGAGAUGAAAACAGAUCGGCCACAGGAUUUUGGCCUUCUCAGUAGCCUAACUGGAGUGCUUGAAAACUGUGGAACUGAAGCAGAAACACAGGAAUACCACAGCCUUGCAGAGCCUGAAGUUGAACCACUUGCUGAGAACACCAACAGAGUGGCACCUCUUCAGACAGACAGUGUUAUAGAUCCAAUGUUACAUUUGGAUAUCCAAGAACUUGCUACUCUCACUGCAGGUGAAGUUGACUGUGAAAACUUUGAGCGUUUGUUUGAAAAGCUCAAGCAAAUGAAAGACAAAGCAGCAACAUUACCACAUGAACAAAGAAAACUCCACGCAGAAAAAUCCUAUUUUGUUUGGCAGGUUGCUAAAGCUUUUUGGAUGGCUAUUGGAGGAGACAGAGAAGAGAUUGAGGAACUCUCUGAUGAAGAGAAUAAUUAAAAGCUGGACCAUUUUGCGGCUUUCCAGAUGAAAGAUGUUUAUGUGUCCGCCAAAGUGCUGCCUUUGAAGGACAUUUCAUUCACAGUGUUACUGGGCCAAGACUUUUAACGCAACUUCAGUGCCAACACUGUGGCUCCUCCGGUGAAUGUUUUGAAUUGUGAAUGAUAAAAUAUGGAUCUUUUGUGUUUCCCGGUCAUAUUUUAGACUAAACAUCUGACUGAAGUAGUCUUCUAUGGGAAGAAAUAUUGUGUACCUACACCCACUCUUUUCUAAGCGACACAUUAUUUUAAUGUUCUAGACAUUAGUUAUGUGAAGUGGCACCCCAGUUAGAUAGCAUCUUCUGUCCACAAUAGUACUGUGGCAAAUCUACUUCAGUUCCCUCUGGGUAGAUAACCACAGAACAGACCUUCCCCUUGUGAUGUGGUAAGCUGUCAGCUUUCAUGGGAAUGGACAUUAUGGUGAUGGAAAUGAGGACUACGUGUUGUUCAAGUGCAAAAGUGUGUUUGUGUUUUCUGCUACCGUGUUUAUUUGGGAGUCUUGCAUAGAACCAUGUUACUGAUGACAUGGGAAUGUUUAUUGCUGAUGCCAGCUGUCUAAGUAUGGAAAAUAUUCAAUUUCUCAACAGCUAUCUUUCUCAUCGGCUCUUACCAUGAUGAGAAAGAUAAUUCAUCAAACCAAAUAACAUACAAAUUAAUGGUCUAUUGGAAUUAAACAAGAAAACAUUUAACAGAAUGUUAAUCUAAUCAAAAAACGUAACCUUUAUUGUCUGGUAUAGGAAUUAAAUAAACUAUGCAUGUGA